AUGUCCUACCGGAAUCCUACUACAUCAAAGCAAUCGACCACUCGUUCGAAUAGAAAUCUUCUUGCAAAACGGCAAUAUGAAGGCGUAUCAACACCAAGAGACCCGAACGCAGGUCAUACACCUAUUGCAAUUAUAGAGGCAAACAGGCGUUUCAAAGAUGGCAUUAACAAAAAAGAAGUUAUUCCCCCUAUUCCACCGAGCAGAACAAAUUUGGACAAUAAUUACGAUGAUAUCAAUGGGAAUACGGCAUAUCUUGACACUGCAGAUGAAGAUAGUUUGCCACUUAAACUAUUUGACGGUAAAAAACAAUCACUCAGUGAAUUAAGCGAAGAAUUCAUGUCAUAUUUAUGGUUCAGGCGGAUAAAAGAAAUUUUUUUACAUAUGGAUUCCGGCAGAGAUGGACAAGAUGAAGAUCCUUUUAUUGAAUUUGAUAUGAAUUUGGCUCGAAUUGAUUUGAUGAAUGCUUGCGAUCGAUAUAUAGAGAAUGAACGGAUCAUUGUUACUAAAAAGGAUGGAAAUAUGACGAAAUCCAAUAACAACAGUCAACAAUCUAAUCCGUCACUGAGUAUCGAUGAAUGUAUCAACGCGCUCCAUAAUCUUGUCGCCAACCCGUCAUCAGAAGAGUUAUCAGCAAUGCUGAACAAAUGUAUUGGUUCAUUACGUGAUCUUGAUAAACGUACCCAAGACGUCAUCGCUAAAAUAGAAAAACAACGGCAAAACAACUCAAAAGUAAAUAUUCACACUAUAGUAGAACUUAUUCAGUCCUUAACAUCGAAAGAAAGAAAAAGUGAUCUUGAGAAAAAACAAGAAUGGGAUAUGAAGAAACUCUACGCAGAAGUGUUCAAGAUGUCUUACAAAAGAAAUCGACUACGAACAGAAAAUGAACAGGAAGAACUAACACCAGUGAAAAAAGGUGACGAUCAACCAAAUUUUGGCAAUGCCAUUUGGUGGUAUUCUUGCGAUAAAGCUAGUAUAUAUUAUCAAAUUAACUCAAUACUGCGUCUUGAAAACUUUGAGUUGUUAGUGGCUUAUCGUUAUUAUUUAAGUGAUCUUUGUAGAAUGAUUGAGUAUAUGUACGAAGAACGAAAACGUGAGCAAAGUGAUUCUCAAGUAUUUUAUCGAGCUGGGCAUGUUAAUGAAGGGCAAUUGGAAAAAAUGCGUAAAUCACAGAAAGGCCAUUUGAUUUCGUUGGGUGGUUUUAUUUCAGCAACAACUAAUAUGAAUAUUGCUAAAGGCUAUGCCAAAAAACAAAAUAUAUCGAAGAGUAACAAAAGAGUACUGUUUCAAAUUACUGUUAAACCUCAGGAGCCAUGCACAGCAUUUGCAUAUAUUAAUGGUAUUUCAUUUCACCCCGAAGAAGAGGAAGUCUUAUUUAGUAUGGGAUCCGCGUUUACUGUCGAUAGGAUAGUUGAUCCAGAAGAUGGCGAAAAUUAUUAUACCGUUCAACUUACAGCAUCUGAUAUCGAUAAAACUCUUGCUAAUGAUAUUCGCACUAAAGUAGAAGAAUGCUCUCCAUCAGGUCGUGCCGCUUUAUUAGCACACUAUCUUAUGGAGCUAGGUGAAUAUCGAGCAGCUCGUAAAUAUCUUACUUCACUUCUGAACGAAGCACGUGAUGGAGGUAUCCUGAUCAAUGAUCCAAACUUAGCUACGAUUUAUUCUUGUCUCGGAAUGAUUUAUGCUCGCCAAGCCCUUCACGGUGACGCGCUUAAAGCAUUCAAACAAGCGCUUAAUACACAAGCACGCCUUGAAUAUUCAAAUAAUAAUGCAUUAGCUGAGAUUCAUAGAAAUAUUGGAUUAGCCUAUGUAGGACUAGGUCGUAUGAAUGAAGCUGAACAGACCUUAGCAAAAGCAUUACGUAUUAAAUUGCGGGAGGUCAACUCCGAUGAACAGCAUUUGGCAUCGAUCUACGGUGAUAUUGGUUAUGUUCAAUACAAGAAGAACAAUUUCAAGAAUGCAUCAGAUGCUUUUGAAAAGGCUGAAAAGAUCUACAAGACAAGUUCAAACAAGAUCGCACACGAUGAGCUUGAACAAUGUUUAAACAAAGCGGAAUAUCUAACAAACUACGGGCAUCUACUAAGUGUUAAAAAAUCUUUAACCGAAGCACAAACACGAUAUAAUGAAGCACUUAAACUUUAUAAAAGUGUUUUGCGUAACUAUGAUCCUAAACUAAUGCAAACUCACAUUAAUAUAAUGAUUGCGUAUGCAAAGAAUGAAAAGUUUAAUGACGCUACAAGAUGGUUUGAAGAUACCACAGUGCAAACGCUAAUUAAUAAUCAAGAAAUGAAUGUUUUCGAAUUAAAUAGUUCAGUGACACAGUCAAGUCUUGCUUUUCUUCACGAAUUUAUUGGCGCCUGUUAUAUGGAGCUCGAAGCAUAUUAUAAAGCGAUUCGCUUGUGGGCACGAGCCGUGAUAUUUAAACGUAAGGCACGUCUGGAACAACUACUGUUGGACACUACCAGUAACAUUUCGUCGACAUUAAAUGAUGAGCAAAAACAGUUUAUUAAUAAAAACUAUCGUGCCGCACGCGAUUUUCCUAACACAAAUAGCAGAGACAAAGACCAGUCAGCAGAUGAGAAGAAGAUACAAAUACCACAUGAAUUUUGUGUGGGUCUGCUUUGCAUUGAAUCCUAUGAUGAUCUGUCUGCGAUAGAAAAUUUGAGAAAAGUUGCAAUAGGGUCAGAUGUAUCUGACAGUGAUACGAAGCUUGUUGCGUGUCUUCUUCUAGCCGAGUUGUACAAACAGCAAUCCGAUUUUAAUUUGGCAAUUGAUAACUGCGAUCAAGCUUUGCAAUUAGUAAAACAAUCGAAAAAUCAGAAAGAUCGUGUUUUAGAAAUCGAAGUGAGUUUAACCCGUAUCGAAUGUAUUAGCAAAAUAAGAACAAAUACAAAUGCUAUUGACGAGCUCAUAAAACUCGAUAGAUCUUUACGAACAGAUGGUAGUGAUACAAAAUACGUCACGUUAAAAGUUAUCGUUUAUGACACUCUCGCCCGUUAUUAUCUGUCAGAACAAAAUUACAGUGAAUUCGAUGUAGUUGCUGAACGAUCAGUUACAUACAAAAUUCGUAACUUCUCACAAUAUCAUCCAAGCUUAGCCAUUAACUCAAAACUAUUGGCCGACCGUUAUUGUCAACAAUCUCGCUACCAUGAGGCGUUAUAUUUCUACGAGCGUGCUCUUGAAGUCCAAAGUUUAAAUUUAACUGUUGAUCAUCCACAGAACAGAAAAAUCUUCUACGCUAUGGGUAAUGUAUAUUGCAAAAUCGACAAGUUAUCGAAUGCAAAGGAAAAGUAUGAUAUAGCGGAAAAUAUGAAUUCGAACAAAGAUGAAGAUGAUGUAUUAAUUCAAGAUAAAAUCAAUGCUGAAGAAUCAAUGGAUAUUUUAAUGGCUCAGAUUAGUAUGCACCAACAUUUGGCUAGUUUAUAUACAAAAAAGAAGGAUUAUGCACAAGCCAUAUCCGAAACGAAUAAAAUUCUCGAAUUACUAAAAGAAGAAUUACCGUCCGCAGCGUUUGACACGGACAAUGAAAACCCAUUAAUGAAGAAAAAGAUUGAUAGCCCUACACUUGUGAAGAAUCUACGGUUACUGGCUAAGUGUUAUUUGCGUUCGGGGGAUAUUCUAGGUAUAGCUCAAGAUGAUGAAAUGGGUUAUGAAGUAGCUUCAAAUAUUUACAAGAAACUCAAUAAUCAUGAUAAAAAGUUGGGUAACCAUGAAAUCGUUUUAUUACUUAAGAAGUUGAGCCAAUACCACGAAGAUACAUUUAAUCGAGAAAAAGCACUCACAUGCCUGAAAGACAUCAUCAAUUUUGAAAAGCCAUCUAGUACUAUUCUAUAUCGAUUAGGUUCGUUAAGUAUUGCUUGUGAUGGGUAUGACGAAGCAGUAAAAACCUUUAAGGAUCUAUUAAAUGAUCCAGUGAUCAAUGCAAAACCAGAACAGAAACAAAUCGUAGAAGAAAACUUGAAAGAAGCACAAAGCAAACUAGAAAAUCUAAAAUUAACCUCAAAUCAACUUCUGUCGGAUGAUAGUAGUGAUGAUGAUGACGAUACAAGUUCGAAUUCUUCAAACGACCUUCCUAGACACGAUACGAAUAUAUCAACACCUACCAAGCAGCAUAUUGAGAUUGAAUCGGAGAAGACUAGCGAUGAUGAGAGUGAUACAAUGUCGAAUCAUAAGGAGAUGCUAAUUGAGGACGCUACUGCUGUGCCAAAUAGUGACAAAGAAGAAAUGAAAAGCGAUCCUGAAAAAAAUGUAGAAAAUACAGAUAAGUCAUCAGAUGAUAGAGCUAAAGCAUUGGCGUAUUUCGAACUUGAAGAUUUACACAAAUCACUGAAAUAUCAUCAGAGAUAUAUUAAAAGUCAAAACAAGUCUGUAUCAAUGUCGGAAGUUUUUCAAACUCAACUGUCAAAAAUACAACAAGAUAUGUUUACAUUUGAACAGCGUAGUCUGUUGUGUUUCUUACCGAAAUUACUACAUUCUCUAGUAACAAAAAUUCGUGAAGAAUCUUUAGAAAAUUCAGAUGUAUUGUUAAUAGCCGAUUCUCAUUUUCAAUGUGGAAUUCUCAACGAUAAACUUUCAUCGCAUCUCCAAAGUAGUCUCUCUUAUAUCUCAGCAUUCCAACUUUAUUUUUCCAAAUCAACUGGUGAAAUCAACGAACUGACUAAUCUUAUGCGCGAAAUACUCAAUACAUUUAUUGAUGGCAAACUUGUACCGAAGAUGAUUAUUGACUUUGCUCAAAAAAUCGCAGUAGCAUCGGACGAUAUAAUUCUCAUGCGUCUGAAACUAGCGGCGAUGUAUCGCGACAAUGAAACAGACGAUGUUACUGAUGAGGAUGAUGACGGUGAUAUAAGUGUGGAAUCGCGAAUGAUCGCUUUAAAAUGGUAUAGAGAUUGCCUAACUGUUGCCAAUGAUGUAUUGACAAAAGCCACAUGUUAUUACAACGUUUUGUGUCUUUAUCGAGAUUAUAUUCAUGAAGACGAUGCUGGAAGGAACGAUGUUAAGAAUUUAGUCAAAUUAUUACCUGAAUUAAGUAUUCUUGAUCGACACCUAUUACUCAAUUUGGCACACCGUUUCGUGAGAGAAUACGAUGACAACAAAGGCGUGUGCGAUAAAUAUCUUAAUGCCCAAUUACAAAAACUUCUAAAAAAAUCUUUCGAUGAAAUGUUGGAAGUGAGCGACGAACUCAGUGUCGGAGAUAAACUUGUUGAAUGUGAAGAUUUGGAUAGCGCUGAAGAAUAUUGGAACUCCGUUGUUGAACAGCUCACAUAUGAUAAAUUCUCAAUGCCAUUAAACAUCCAGAAAGCGACAUAA